AUGUCGCAGAUGCGCCAGAAAUCCACCCUUGGCAUUAUGCCAGCAUACAAAGGCAGGGAGGAGCGACGGACAGACGUGAAUACUGGACUAAGCUCAUCAAGCAGUCCCGGUAGUCACCCCUCUGUCAAUCUCCUUGGGCCUUCCCUACCAGCUUCUUCUACACAACCUGUAGACUACCAGCAAGAGGACUCGGACUGUGCCACAUUGUAUGGCCAAGCUACACUCGCCUCGCAGAUGGCCAUACCUUGCCCACCACCCCCUCUCGCCCCUCCUGAUACCUUGAACAUCGACCCAGCCCUCCUCCAACUUGACCAUCAGAGCAAUCCUAGCCUAGUUCGUACCUCCUCAAUCUGUGACACCGAAGCAGAGAGCACAACCCCUACGCCGCUCUCCACAAUUGCACAUGACUGA